UUGGUGCUGCUGCUGCUGUGCGUGUGUUCUGUUAUUGUUAAUAGUGGCGGUGGUGCAUUGUUGACUCAAUACAUUUGUUGUUUUCUUCUAAGACAGACAAUUUUAACCAUUAUUUUGUUUCUUGAUUUCCAUUAAAUUUAUAUUGAAAAUAUCAUUUUUUCCGAAAAAUGCUUGGAUUCACUGCUAAAUCGUUGUUCGCCAAUGGACAAUUUCAUAUGAUCAUUAAACGUACAUUGAAAAGUACGGCCAUUCAAAAUGCCAAAGUUGGAUUUAUCGGUAUCGGUAAUAUGGGCUCAAAUAUGUGUGCUCAUCUACAGAAAAAAGGUCAUGAAUUAAUCUUAUAUGAUCCAAAUACUGAUGCAUUAAAAGAUUUGUUGACUGGUGGUGCAAAAUCCGUUAAUAGUCCAGCUGAAGUGGCUAAACAAGCGGAUCGUGUUUUCACAAUGGUACCUUUACCAACUGAUGUAUUGAAAGUUUAUACCGGUCCUGAUGGAAUUAUUGCCAAUGCUAAAAAAGAUGCUAUACUUAUUGAUUCAAGUACAGUUGAUCCAGAAACAUCGAAAAAAAUUGAAUCUGAAGCAUCAGCAAAAGGUAUUCGAUUUGUUGAUGCUCCGGUAACCGGUGCUGUACCAGCUGCACGUGCCGGAACAUUAACAUUUAUUGUUGGUGGACCAAAAGAAACCGUUGAUGAAUUACGUGAAUUAUUAUUAUGUAUGGGUAAAAAUGUUAUUCAUUGUGGAACAACUGGAAUGGGAUCAGUGGCAAAACUAUGUAAUAAUAUGAUGUUAGCAAUCAGUAUGAUUGGUACAGCAGAAACAUUAAAUAUGGCACGACGAUUAGGUUUGGAUCCAAAAUUAAUGACCGAUAUAUUGAAUAUAAGUUCUGGACGAACAUGGGUAUCCGAAGGCUAUAAUCCAGUACCUGGAUGUGGAGCAUCUACUACACCAUCUAGUAAUAAAUAUGAUGGUGGAUUUCGUUCUACAUUGUUGACAAAAGAUUUGAAUCUUGCACAAUUAAUUUCUGUACAAUCACAAUCACCAACACCGAUGGGAGCAUUAGCAUCACAAUAUUAUCGUACAUUGGUUAAUAAUGAAACAUUAGCCGAUAAAGAUUUCAGUUCCGUCUAUGAAUUUAUAAAAGGUCAAAAAAACUAAUGUUCAAUAAUACUGCCAUACACAAUAAUAAACAAUUUUAAAAUCA